AUGUCGAUAAAAACAUCAUCUUCACCAUAUCGUAGUUCUACGAGCUAUAUCAAAGAUGCGCUAGACUUUACACUUUUCGGCGCAAAAUUAGUACCCGGUUUAGAAACUGCAGCAGGGGUUGUCCAAUCAAUUAUUGAUCAAGCGGAUAAGCUUAAAAGUAAUCGGGAAACUUGUGAGGCAUUAGUUGAACAAGUACGAAUAAGCCAAGCGACUAUAGAGAAAUAUAAACCGUUAGAUGACGACUUUCAAGAAGCAUACCUGAUGUACAUUGAUAUCCUGACAAAAAUAGACGAAUACAUCAAACAAUUAAGAAGACCUGGAAAUUUUAGUCGACGGUUUAUAAAUAAAAUGUUGAGAUUUAUGCACGCCAAAGGGGAUGAACAAUUGCUUAAACAAUUUUCGGAUGCAUUAGCCCAAGCAAUCAGAGCAUUUAAUUUAGAAGUGAACGUGCAAAUCUGUAAUGUAAUGUCGAAACAAUCGAAAGCGAUAAAAGAAAUCGAAUUGACUACGUUAGAAAUUAAAAAUAUCGCUAAAGGGUUUGAUGCACGACGAUCAGAUGUAGAGAAAACAAGAAUUGAUCCAAAUUUGAUAACUAAUGAUCCGUUAGAGAAAGAGGUUGUGAGAGGCAAAAAAAAAGCUUUAGUAAGGAAGAUGUAUCGCAGUCAAUCAGUUGCGGUAAAAAAAUUGAGGAAUAAUUAUUCUGAGCUUAACGAAAAAGACAAGACUAGAUUAGUAAAUGAAGCGGUCAUUCGAAAAUUGUUAUCCGGUUGCGAUAAUAUCGAAAAAUUCCAUGGCACCUAUGUUGACUCUAAUUCUUUAUAUAUUGUCACCGAAUGGGCCGAAAAUGGUAAUCUUUGUGACCGCUUGCAAAAGAAGCCAAACAUUCCUUGGAACGACAAAUGGAGAAUCGCAUCGGAAAUCGCAAAUGCAAUCAAUUUUUGCCACGGUGUAGAAGUACUCCAUCACAAUAUUAGAGCUAAAAACGUAUUAUUGGACAAACACAUGACCACAAAACUCUCAAAUUUCGUUACCAGUAGACAAGUAGAUCAAACUACGACUUCUAUUCCUGGAAUAAGAGAUGGUCUUGAGUGGAGAGCUCCAGAGAAAAUUCGGUCAGAGGUUGAAAAAAGAAAAUUGGAUUUGCAACCUUGUGAAGAUGCAAGAGUGAGAAAAUCAAAUGACAUAAAAUAUGAGACACUUCCAUUUAAUAAACAAAUGGAUGUGUACAGUUUUGGAAUGACCCUUUGGGAAAUAGCUGCAAAUGGUGAAAGUCCAUUUUUCCAAAUCGAAGAUUUUGAUCUAGAAAAUGAAAUAAUUGCGGGGGCACGUCCGUUAAUUCCCGACGACACACCACCAGAGUUCGCAAAAUUCAUAAAAAAAGCAUGGGAGGAUAAGUGGGACAAAAGACCGAAAAUCGAUGUAAUUGCUAACAAACUAUUUAAAAUUUUUCGACUGCUUGAAGAAGAUUCUCAUAAUAAGGAUUGUCUUAAUAUCCCGCCUUCAGAUCCACCUAUUCAAAGACCUCUUACACCUGUAGCUUCAAGUGAUUUCCCUAAAAGUACAAAUCAUUUACCAUCUAAAUCUCUAGAACCGCUAACACUUUCAAGCUUUGAAGAGAUAAUAAAAAUGCAUAAUGAUCAUAAAUAUAAAGAAGCAUUACCUUAUUUUGAAGCUUAUGCCGAAAAAGGAGACCCUCGUGCCGCGUAUUUGGCCGGAAAAUAUUUUUGUGAAAUCCCUCAACUUCACGAUGAAGAGCGCGGCCUUGCAUUAAUUCAACAAGCAGCCGAAACAAAACUACAACCAGGAAGAAAGGAAAUGAAUGAAUACAUACCAAAAGCACAGUGCUAUUAUGCAAAAAUCUUGCUCCAACCACGAACGUAUCAGCCGAAAAAAGCGAUUUACUAUCUUAAACUGGCAAGCAAUAAUCGACGAUACGAAGCAGAUUGUAAAUUGGCUGAAAUCUAUAUGGAAGGUGAUCAUAAUCAAGAAAUUGAUUUAAAACGAAGUGAAAAUUAUUUGAAUAAGAUUUUUGCUUCAAAAAACUUGCAGAAAGAAAAUCCUAUAUAUAAGCAAGCGGAGAAACUUCUUGAACAAUUAAACGAAUAUAAAAAUGAAGCUGAGAUUAACAACGAUGAGAAAGAUUCAAUAGUUUGCUAA